AUGGCCUCCACUCUCCAAGAGUGGUGGCCUGUUUACUCUGGUUCUCUCUCUCCUCCUACCUCCGAAGCCCCUCCCACAGAGCAAACCGCGUGGAUCAAGAAGAAUGCCGAAGCCUACCUCUACCUCCCCAACUCCGUCCAAGAUCAAUAUGCCAAGUCGUUGCUCACGUGCGCAAGUCAUUCCGACAGUGCCAAGCGCGCGUGGGAGAGGCUCACAAGGCUCCAUCAACCUCGCACCGAGAGCACCAAGGCGGAAAUGUGGGGCAAGAUCUCCAACCUACGGAUGGAGCAAAAGGAGACGAUUCCCGAGUACUUGGAGCGCGCGGAGAUUCUUCUCAACGACGCCGACGUCCUCGAAGUCACCGUUCCCGAGAAGCUCUUCAUUACUAUUCUCCUCGCCGGGCUUUCAUCGGAAUGGAUUCAAAUGAGGAGCACGAUUCAAGCUUUUCCCGAGAAACAAAAGACGCGCGACUUCAUCUUCAACACCCUUAUCAACGAGCAUCAAACGCGCGAGCUAGCCAAGGCAAAGGAGGAGAACAACAAACCCGCAUGGUCGGCCGCCGUUUCUACUCAAGCUGGCUACGCAGGUUUGGAGCUGGGGCAGGAAGAGUCUAGGAGAAAUCUAACUUCUCCCCGCUAUUUCCUCCUUCCCAUCACUCUCUUCCCCGCUUUCAUCUCCUCUCCUUACUGCUCACCCCUCAUGUCCGCUCUGCUCGUUGCUCAAUUCUCCCUGCUCUCCCCCCUUCCCCGCACUCCUCCCCCUUCCUCCCCGCUUUCAUCCCGUCUCCUUACCGCUCACCCGGCUGGUCCCCUCUGUUCUUACGUGAUUUCGCCCUGUUCUCCCCUCGUCCGCACCCCUCUGUAUGCCCGUCUCCCCUCCGCUCUCCUCUCACCUCUCCCCCCCCCUGUUCACCCCUCAUAUCCCCUUCUUUACAUUUAUUUCUCUACCUCCCCUCCUCAUUCCCCCCUUCACUCUUCCCCCGCUCUUUCCGCAUCUUCCCCCGCUCUUUCCGCAUCUCCCCCGCUCUUUCCGCAUCUCUCCCCGCUCUUUCCGCAUCUCCCCCGUUCUUUCCGCAUCCCCCCCUCCCCCCACCUCCCCCCCCCCCCCCCCUCCCCCCACCUCCCCCCCCCCCCCCCCCCCCCACCCGUCCAACCAUUCAACCAUGGUCUCUCCCUCCAUCUCCCCCACGUUUCCCUGCUCUCUCCCCUCUUCACCCCUUUUUUCCUUCCAACCAUCACCUCCUCUUCCCCCCAACGCUCCGCCUCACCGAUUAUAUUAACUUCUUUCCCCGCUCUGCCCUCUACGCCCUCCGCUCUCCCCGCAUUUCCCCCUCCUUUCACCCCUUAUCCCCCCCACCCCCCCCUCCUCGUUUGUUCGAUCCAGCCUUCAACUGGCACGAAUCUUAACCUAAAUCAGGCGCGUGUGGUGCUGGUGUUGCCGUUGCCAGAGACUUUUGAGUCGACUCAAAAGUCACCCGCAUUUCCCCCUCCCGUUCACCCCUUUAUCCCCCCCCCCCCCUCGUUUGUUCGAUCCAACCUUCAACUGGCACGAAUCUUAACCUAA